AUGGAAGCUCAUUCCCCUCCUUUGAAAAUUUACUUCGUACCCUUCGUGGCUGCCAGUCACAUUGUUUCACUCUUCGAACUCUGUCGUCUAUUCGCCUCACGUGGCCUGCACGUGGCCAUCCUCACCACUCCUUCCACCACCCGCUUCCUUCACAAUUCCUUGCUCAAGGCUCACGCUGCUGGCCUUCGAAUACAUGUCCACAACCUCAAGUUCCCUUCCCAGGAGGUUGGUCUCCCUGACGGCGUCGAGAAUCUCAUCGGCGUCGAGGACUUCGACGUUGCCGCCAAAGUGUACCAGGGAAUGCGCCUCCUCCGCCAUCAAAUGGAGCAGUUCAUGGAGCCAAACCCGCCCGACUGCAUCGUCGGCGACAUUUUUCACCCUUGGACCUCUGACUUCGCGAACCGAUUGGGAGUCCCACGGUUGUUGUUCGAUGGAUCCGGCUUGUUUGCCGCCUACUACAUCCAAACUACGAACGGAGUAACCACCAUGAUGGAAUCGUUCAGAGACUCGGAACUGAAGUGCUAUGGCCGUAUCGUCAACAGCUUUGCAGAGCUCGAAGAGGAAUACAUUGAGCACUACCGGAAAACCAUGGGGAAAGCAGUCUGGCACGUGGGCCCCACUACCCUCCUAAACAGGUCAUCGGAGGACAAGGCGGAGAGGAACUUGGAGGCGGUGGUGAGCGAGGACGAGAUCCUGAGUUGGCUCAACUCGAAGCCACCAAACUCGGUGCUUUACGUCUGCUUCGGAAGCGCAGCCUACUUCACCGACGAACAGUUGCUCGAAAUAGCGAGUGCGAUGGAAUCCUCCGGCCACAAGUUCAUCUGGGUGGUUCACAGGAAAGACCGAACGGAGAGCGAAACUGAGGAAGACAGGCAGAAAUGGAUGCCGAGGGAGUUCGAAGAAAGAAUGAGGCGGGAAGACAGGGGAAUGGUCAUACGUGGAUGGGCCCCACAAACACUGAUACUGGACCACGCCGCCAUCGGAGGGUUCAUGACACACUGCGGGUGGAACUCGCUGAUGGAGGGGAUCUGUGCCGGAGUUCCGAUGAUUACGUGGCCGUUGCACAGCGAGCAGUUUUUCAAUGAGAAGCUUAUAACGCAGGUGCAUAGGAUUGGGGUGGAGGUGGGGGCAGAUAAUUGCGUCAUGAUCAUGGAGCAUGCCACGAAGAAUCUAGUGAAACGGCACAGCAUAGAGAGCGCUGUAAGGAAGUUAAUGGACGAUGGGGAUGAAACGGUGAAAAUGAGGAGGCGCGUUAGGGAGCUGGCAGAGAAGGCAAAGGCAGCAAUAGAAGAAGAUGGUGGGUCCUCACAAAUGAAUCUGACGGCUCUGAUUGAAGAUCUUCAAAGGCUGAAGUCUAUGAGAACAAAGGCUCGGAUUGAUCAUGAAUAG